UAGAAAUUAGCCUGCACCUUCCCCCAUCAACCCAAAUCUUCUCUCAACGACGCAAAUCGCCAUCUGCGAAUACGAAAUAUCCCCCACAUCCCCUACCAUCCCUCUCUCAACAUCCAAGGCCCACAAAUUGUCUAAAAUAACCUCCCCCUUCCCCGGCACAUCUCCACGUGCUUAUCAGCCGCUUCCCCCUCCCACCACAGCACGCAACCACACGCCUUCGUAUGUACGCACGCAUCUACUAUAAAACCCACAUCACGAUACGAACCAAAACACGCAGUUUUUCUCGCUCACCGCUGUCCUUUCCCCCCUCUGCAACUCCUAACUACCAAACCUACGGUAUCGCGAACACGAGGAAACGAGAAGCUGAGGCUGAAAAGAUCUACGCACCGCGUCGUCGCCGCGCAUGCAUCGUUUCCUUUCCUUUCACCCUUUCUCUCCCCACUCGGCAGUUCGGAUCGCCACUGAAUGAACAACCAGAGUCGUGCAUGAUGAUACUGUUACUACUAAUACUACUACACUACGAGGUACUAUGAAGGUUGAGUCGAUGCCAAGGAUCGCUCGCCAACGCAGGAUGCUGCUGGGGUACUGUCGUACUCGUGUUCGUAAAACCUACUGCAC